UAAUAAAAGCUGAGCUCAAACCAGGGCUUGCGUUUGCGGAAGUUUUGCUUACGAUUGUGUACAUUUUGACUCGUAAGUUUGUUAAGUUCCAAACAUUGAAAAUGCCCGAGACCUACAAUAUGUUUCUGAUCUCUCGUUUUUUAACACUUUUCCUCCUUAUUCUCUCUAUCUUAUGUUUUAGUGUCUUCCGUUUUAAUKCAUGGGUUCACCAUCAUGGCCAUAUUUGUUGGCGGGGUCAGUCUCUUUUUAUUGUUGACAAUUGUACAUUUUUGGUAUGGAAUAUCAAGAUACCCAUCAAUAUGGAAUAGUAUUACCCCACACGGUCUUAAGGGCUCUCCGAUCGAUCGUAACUUCUCCGAGAUUCGACAAAUCUGCAGUCACCAUUGCAAUGGUCAUAAUCAUAYAUAUUCUCAAUUGCCUCAAUUUCUCAUCACGCUCCCGUUCACGGCAAUCUAUCACGCAAACGCGUUUUUGGUGACGCUCGUCCAUUUCGUGUUUAAAAUUUCAAGAAAUGGAGGAAUAGGAAGUAAAUUGCCACCUCCGGUGAUGACAAGUGUGUUCAUAUCGAAUAUUCUGAUCACUUACUUUUGGUUUAUGGGAACUACCAGUGGAAUCAUUUUCUCCGCUUGCACGGUUUUCUUUAAUCAAAAAGCAUACAACUCUCUUCUCUUCAACAGAGAUCUUAAAGACUUUUGCAUUUCUUUGGUAUUCGGAAAUCUAAUUAUGAUCGAAGAAAAGAUAGCGAUAGACGAGAAAGCUAUCGCUCUCGCUUCGAACGGACAUGAGCAUGAUAUCGAGAACGGCAUCCAAGUCAAGAAAGCAGAACAAGGUGAAUUCAAAUCGAUGUUUGAAAAGCCAAAGUCAAUCUUCGAGAAACCCGUGGCAGAUGCCAGCGGAUCCUCGUCUUUGCCAUUAGGCGAUAGCUCAAUCGAUAGAAGCCCAGAUGAACAUACGCCGCCGUCGAAUUCAUCCACGGAGCCUCUGCAAUCUACUCUGAUGUCGACAAUUCAAAACAUCGCAAGUUAUGUAAGUGGCGAAGAAACGGCCAAUAAUGGCAAGGAAUCGAAGCCAGAAAUUUUCCACGACGAUUCGUUUUCACAGCAGACCGAGGAUAUGACAUUGCAGUAUCUUGUUACGGUCAUGCCGACAACACCGACUACAACUGCUACAAUGAUUAAUGUUGACACGUCAGAGGAUAUUCAGGCUGGACAGGAACGAUCCGAAGUGAAUACCGAAGAACCACACUCUACGAAGUCAAGGGAAAAGAAAUUUUUCGGUCUUUCGCGACGAAUAUUUCCUAGUCCUCGGAGAAGAAAAUCUUCGAAACGGGAGUUCCCGUUUGAUGAACGCGCUGAGGAUGAGCUAUCGAUCGAAUUCAAAAAUCCCUCGGACGUUCAUAUAGACUUAGACGACCACAUUGGUACAAUAGAGUGGCGAAACGCGAUUUCCGAAUCCAUCCAGCGAUUUAGAAUGAAAUCGUACACUCUUAGGAAGCACACCUGGGUGAUGAAUCAGAUACACGGAAAGUCGUUUUUUAUCAAAGAGGACGGGAAAAGGAGAAGGAAAUUGAAACGCAAAGAAAUCAAAGCAUAUUGCAAAGCAUUUCACGACAAACAAAUGCACUUGAAUUUGCAAAUAUCUGGAAUUCUCGAGGAUUUAAAGGACUUGAAAAAGAAUCACAACASCAAAAGCAGUUCCGAUCACACGAGAAGAUCGCUCGGAAACAGUAAGAAGAGCAAAUGCAGCUCAGACCACACGAAAAAUUCGUUCAUUAACAUUCCCUCGGAAAUGAACAACGGAACCGAAGACUUCAUGAAUCCUUUGACGGAAAGCGGAGGCAAUGAAAGGAAGUCCACGGACCAACACAUCAUGGACGACAGAAAUGACCAGGCAGCAAACGCUGUUGUCGCAUCUUCGACAAGGGACGACUCCAUUGUACAAUCUUCAAAGGAUUCAACCAUUUCUACUUUGACAGAAAGCAYCGACGAUCCGCUUGAGCACGAGCAGGAAAACAACAACGAGGAUGGUAUCAACGCGAGAAGCACUCCUUGGAUCACGGGUYCGACUUUGUACCCCAAAGACAAAGACACCGUUGCGGAUUCGGAAUCAUCUUGCUUCAGCGAAAAGAUCAGCGUCCUUCUAGAGUGCUCCCCCUGGAGCGAGAACAUGAACCUUCUGAGAGACAGCAACUCCAUGAAAGACGACCGAGACGAAACAGAAAACGACAAGGCCGACGAUGCGUCUAACGCGCCACAACGACAAAACAAUGGCUUGAAAGGCAUCAUGAAAGACACGGGUCACAAGAUGGACGGYGAAAAUUCCGUUGGUUUGUUGGGAGGGAAGGAGGCAUACUGGCGUGCGUUCGUAGAAGAGGGGAACGCCUCCAAGCCGAAAUCCAGCGACAACACCGAAGAAACCAAUCUUUCCCAAACCAGCCGGGACACGGACGACGACGGCAGUGUUAUACCCGGCGGCGAUUCCAAGCCCGAAACGGGGCGGAAGCGAUAUCCCUGGAGAAGCGAUCUGCAGAGGAAGAAGAUCGAAAAGGCACGCGAAAAACGAUCCCACGACAAGGAUCUAUCGAUCAAGAAACAGAAACGAAUCGCCUCGAUUUUCAAGGCGAAGAUGAAGAAAGGCGGCAGGRGCGCCGGAGAAGGAGGGCAGCGCGUGCCCAGAUCCCCCCGCAUAACAAGAAAGAGGAGGAAACACGGCGUGUACCAGCCCUGCGACGAGAUGCGGCACGACGAGAAAGAAGAAWCCAAACGGUGGGAAGACGGAGGCGACGAGAACAGGGACGACGAAGACGACGACGACGACGACGACGGAGACAAUUCGUUCUAUUUCAAGAUCCGCGAGGACCAAGAGGACUUUGGUCCCGAGGCGAACUCGAUCGUGGAGCAAAUGCAAAUGAAUUCGAUCGCCCCCGUUCCUGUGGAGAACCCGGCCGAGCCAUGARAAGAGAACGACCUCUUGUCCGACUUUCGACAGAUAACCGCAAACAACAACCUGUUUCAUUAUUAAUAAAUGUUUAAAUGUUGU